AAAAAGGAGAAGAAACGCAGGAUUCAUCCCAGUCUGAGGUGGUGUGUGUUACCUCCCAGUGGUCUGCAGCCCCCUACCACAGCUGAAAAAUGAGUUUAAGUGCCAGUGAACUGGAGGACCUGUGGGAGUCGUUCGGGGACCUGAACUUCUCUGACACCUAUGCCAACAUAUCAAGGGUGGAUGUAACCGUGUGCGUCACAGCGUUUAACCGGAGCGCUCUGCUGUACUCCAUGUGCGUCCUCUACUCUUUCAUCUUCGUCGUUGGCCUGGCUGCCAACGCUCUGGUCCUGUGGGUGAACAUCCGCGCUCAAAGCGACUCCACCCCUCGGCACGAGACGCACACGUACAUUGCUCACCUGGCCAUCGCAGAUCUGUGCGUGUGCGCAACUCUUCCUGUAUGGGUGAGCUCGCUGGCCCAGCAUGGCCACUGGCCGUUUGGUGAAGUGGCGUGCAAACUCACGCAUCUGAUGUUCUCCGUCAACCUCUUCAGCAGCAUUUUCUUCCUGGCCUGCAUGAGUGUGGACCGCUACCUAAGUGUGAUGAAGCAUGGGGAGGAGGGAGGCGCACGCAGGAAGUUGAUUCGCCGUGGUGUAUGUCUAGGGGUGUGGCUUCUUGCUUUAGUGGCCUCUAUUCCAGAAACCUACUUCCUGCGGACGGUGAAGUCAGCGCAUGAAGACUCCAUGAUCUGCAGGCCUGAGUACCCAGAGGAGAGCCACAGGGAGUGGAUGGUGGGGGUGCAGUUGAGCUUCAUCCUGCUCGGAUUUCUUCUUCCCUUUCCAGUCAUUGCAAUGUUUUAUGCUCUGCUAGCUCGAGCAUUCUCCCGCUCCACUUCUUCAUCUUCAUCCUCAUCAUCUUCCCCUGUGGAGCAGGAGCGCCGUGUGAGCCGCAGGGUGAUUCUGGCCUACAUUGUGGUUUUUCUGGCUUGCUGGGGGCCCUAUCAUGCCGGUCUCCUUGUUGAUGCACUGGUGCAGCUGGGACUGGUGCCUCUGACUUGCGGCUUGGAGAACGCGCUCUUCAUGGCGUUGAAUCUCACUCAGUGCCUGUCCCUGCUCCACUGCUGCUUCAAUCCCAUCCUCUACAACUUCAUCAACAGAAACUACCGCUAUGACCUUAUGAAGGCUUUCAUUUUUAAAUACUCAACUAGGACUGGCUUGGCACGACUCAUCGAGACCACAAAUGUGUCCGACACUGAAUAUUCAGCUGUGGCUGUUGAAAAUCCACCACUGAUCUAAAUUGCACAAUCAAAAUGACUCUUUGCAGUAAGUGAUCUGCUAUUGCCUCUGUCCAAUUCAGUAUCUACUUCACAGAAUGCUUUAGUCAUAGAAAAACUUGAAGACCACAGUUGAUCAUCUCUGAUGGACUGAUUAAAGAACGUAAAGCAGUUUAUAACACCAGCUGAUUUUUGAAUCAUUUACUCAUUUUCGAGUUGUAAAGCCAAAACAGU